AAAAUGUUUGAUUAUCUCUCUGUUAAUUUUUUCUGCCCACUAAUCUCUUUGUCACAUUACAUCAUAUACCUGUCAUGCUCACCAAAGAACACCCAAGGGAAAAAUGAAAAUAGUCUGUUACACUUAAAUUGAGAACUGUGUGUUUUCAAAAUAAUUUAGAAAUCUUAAAAACAUGAUUCUUAAAUGAGAUUAAUGUACUUAGACAUGUAAUUCAUUACUUAUUUAUUCAAAAAAUAUAUGUAGCUUCGUUUGGUGAGAUAACACAGUAUGGGUGUUGGCCAUAAAACAUUUACACUCCCAUUGUCAGUGCAACAUUUUUAAUAAUUUAGGUGUGUAAGCUUGUGUCACGUUUCAGAAAAUAGAGAUAAAGACUGAAUGUCACGCGGGAAUCUGGGUCAGAACAUGACGUCACCCCGAGGGCCGCAGCGCGCAGGUGGUUAUGCAGAGAAGAUGAAUUGAUCCGUGGCUCCCAUGUUGAAGGUAAAGUGAUAGGUGACGAAUGUCGGUGGAGCUGAGUCAAGGCUUGACAACUUCUUCUCUUUGUGCUGCAUACUGGUGUCGGGAGACACGAAGAGUUCGUGAAGUUUAUUUUACUCCACAACUGCAGAGAAUGAGAGGCAUUAGCGGUACAAUAGGACGAAACCUGUGAAAACUUUGGGCUCCGUCUAAUUAGAGGAAGCCUAUCAGACACCAUGGUGCCUGCUUUGACCCUGUGGAUGGCGGCUGUCCUGCAGCUUAGUCAUGCAGCGAUUUAUACAAAUGACUGGGCCGUUAAAGUGAAUGGGAACCGUCAGUGCGUGGACAGGAUAGCAGCAAAAUAUGGAUUCAUCAACAUGGGACAGAUUGGAGAUCUGAAAGGUUACUACAGUUUCCGUCACCCAGAAACAGCAAGUCGUUCCACUGUGAGCAACAAAGAAGUGACUGGCCACAUCGCCAAAGAGGACAAGGUGGAGUGGCUCCAACAGCAGGUGGUCCACAGAAGAGCAAAGCGGACCUCCAGAGGCGGCGGACCCAUCCAUCGUGCUGGCACGGGGGCCGAACGCUUUGCAGAGCCUCUGCACUUCACUGACCCAGAGUGGAACAGCCUGCAGUACAUUCAGCACUGCAGAGACGACUCCAAAGGCUGCCAGCCUGGAAUGAACAUUGAGGGGGCCUGGAGGAUGGGGUACACUGGGAAGGGUGUGGUGGUGUCUGUCCUAGAUGAUGGCAUUGAGAGAGAACAUCCAGAUCUGGAGCCAAAUUAUGAUCCACUUGCCAGCUAUGAUGUAAAUGGACAAGACCAAGAUCCCACUCCGAGUUAUCCCGACAAAGCUGCAAACUACCACGGGACUCUGUGUGCAGGGAUGAUUGCCGCAGCUGCAAAUAACUCUCUGUGCACUGUAGGAGUUUCUUUCCGCGCACGCAUAGGAGGCGUCCGCAUGCUGGCUGGAGAUGUGACAGACAUUGUGGAAGCUCAGUCUCUGAGCUUCAGGCCGCAGUAUAUUGAUAUUUAUUUAGCCAGCUGGGGGCCUGAAGAUGAUGGCGCCACGGUGGAAGGGCCGGGAUAUUUGACUCGUCUUGCUUUACAGAACAGUGUUCAGACGGGGCGGCAUGGCAUGGGGUCUGUUUUUGUUGGCGCUUCAGGGAAUGGAGGGCGAGCAGGUGACCAUUGCUCUUGUGACGGCUAUAGCAACAGCAUCUAUACCAUUUCCAUCAGCAGCACAAGUCGCCAUGGACACCAUCCAGAUUAUUUAGAGCAGUGUUCCUCCACACUGGCGGCAGCAUAUGGUGGUGAGGAGACGGUGACUCUGGGACCACAGCAAACCUGCAGGAGGACUCUGUCAGGAACCUCGCUGUCCUCCUCUGUAGCUGCUGGGAUCCUCGCUCUCAUGCUGGAAGCCAAUCCCUCGCUGACCUGGAGGGACGUUCAGCACAUUAUUGUCCGAACAUCAAAGGCAGAUCACCUCACAGCUCCAGACUGGCACAGAAAUGGAGCUGGAUACAAAGUGAGCCACCUGUACGGCUUUGGUCUGCUGGAUGCUGAGGGGAUGGUGAAGGAGGCCGAGUCCUGGAAACAAGUCCCCCCGCAGCAUGAGUGUGUGGAGGAUGCUGCCAUCCAGCUGAGCAGACUAAUUCAUCCAGGCUCGGUGCUGACGUCUGAGUAUGAGACCAAAGGCUGCUCCGGCGAGGCCCCGCAGCACGUCGUUUAUUUGGAGCAUGUCGUGGUCCGUGUAACCAUCAGUCACAGUCGCCGAGGAGACCUUUCCAUUACACUCACCUCACCUUCAGGCACCGUGUCACAGAUGCUAGCUAACAGGCCGCUUGAUAACUCCACUGAGGGAUUUCAGGAUUGGGAAUUCAUGACGGUUCACUGCUGGGGGGAGCAGGCAGCAGGGAAAUGGACUUUGAAAAUUCAAGAUACUCUUUCUUAUGAGCGAGGCGAGACCAAACCAGGCGUUCUGGAGAAAUGGUCUCUGGUGAUGUUUGGCACCGCUGAGCUGCCGUACUCUUCUGCGCAUCGUCUGCGCACCCGAGCAGCUGAGAUCCCAGCAGCUAGUGAUGUCACGGAAGAAUACAACGGACCCUGCGACCCAGAAUGCAGCGAGGAUGGAUGUGAUGGGCCAGGCCCGCAGCAGUGUGUCACAUGCCUGCACUUUUUUCUCAAGUUCAAGAACAACACAAGGUUGUGCGUUUCCGAGUGUCCUGCUGGGUUCUGGGGCGACCGCAGGCGCUGUAAAAGGUGCUUCUCUUUCUGCCAGAGCUGCACGGGAAGUCGCAGCGACCAGUGCACUUCCUGUCAGCCUGGUUAUCACCUGACGGAGGAGACCAGCACCUGCUCCGCGUCCUGUGGGGAUAACUACUACCUCGACCACGAUACAAAUGUGUGCAGAAAGUGCAGUGAAAACUGCUUGAAGUGCACGUCCUACAGCAUCUGCACUGAAUGCAAACAAGACACAAGCCUGCAGGGGAACCGGUGCCAGCCGAGCUGCGCACCAGGGUUCUACCACGACACACAGGAGGGCACGUGCAAGCCCUGUCACACGGCCUGUGCUACCUGUGCAGGUGCAGGUUCUGAGGCGUGCAGCCUUUGUGCAGAAGGCUUUUUCACAGAGGAGUGGCGCUGCGUGUCCUCAUGCAGUCCUGGCUUCUACAGCACAGAGCCGAGCCCAGAGAACGCUGAUGGCCAGAGGAUAUGUAGGAGGUGCGACGCCAGCUGUCUCACCUGUGCGGGGCCGAGCCGAGGAAACUGCAGCAGCUGUUCCAGGGGCCACAGCCUGCAGGACGGGGUGUGCGUUAUUAACACUGCAUGCGCAGACGGCGAGUAUCCGGACAGUGAGGGGCUUUGCCACCCAUGUGACUCGACCUGUCUGAAGUGCACGGGGCGGCGGAGUCAGGACUGCAUCAGCUGUGCUCCCUCACGUGUUCUGGAUGAGGGUCGAUGUUUGGAGGCGUGUGCCAAAGGCAAGUAUCCGUCAGGUGGACGGUGUCACCUGUGUGACCACACCUGUGCCGCAUGUGUCGACGCAGGCCCCUCCAACUGCACCAGCUGUGACACAGAUAAAUUUGGAAUGGAGCGUUAUCUACAUGAGGGUCUGUGUGUGGAAACCUGUCCCGAGGCCUUCUUCCACACCGAGAAGACCUGCGAGCCGUGCUCCCAGGACUGUCAGCUGUGCAGCAGCCUGAACCGCUGUCUGAAGUGCAACCCAUCCUUCUACCUCUCUGACGGCCGCUGCGUGAAGCUCGAGUGUGGAGAAGGAGAGGUGGAGGACCCAGACUACGACGACUGCAUGGCUUGUGAAGAAGGCUGCAAGAAGUGCGUCUUGUAUAACCCCAGGCACUGCCUUUCCUGCAUUGACGGCUUUUACAAUUUUCAGGAUGGCUGCUACAGAAACUGUCCAGCGAAGACGUACAGCGUGGAGGAGGAGAUGAGCUGCGUUCCGUGUGAUGACAACUGUGUGAGCUGUGAUGAACAUGAGUGUUACUGGUGCGAAACCGACCUCUUCUUAUCAGAUGGAAAGUGUGUCUCGGUGUGUCCCGAUGGUUUCUAUGGCGAUGAAGACUCCAGCGAAUGCGAGGAGUGCCACGCGGACUGCGAUACCUGCAGCGGCCCGGAAGAAGACGACUGUCUGUCCUGCGAGGAGGGAAAAAUGCUGGAAAGCAGCCUGUGUGUCCCCGACGAUGAAGCUUGUCCCAUCAAGACCUUUCUCAGCGACGAUGGAGCGUGUGAGGACUGUCAUCCAUCCUGCGAGUCCUGCUCUGGACACGAGAAGAACCAGUGCACAAAGUGUGCCAACGGGAGAUUUUUGACCUUGCAGCAGACAUGCGUGUCCAAGUGUCCGACGGGCUUCUUUGCCAGUCGGCUGAGCGGAGUGUGUGAGGAAUGCCCUCCGGGAUGCUUGCAGUGCGUGAACGCUGAGCUGUGCAGCCGCUGCCUGAACUCCCGCAGAACUCUGCUGUUCCUGCAGGAUGGAAAGUGUGUUCAGGAGUGCGUCAGGGGGUAUCCUGUAGGCCAGCUGUGCCGCAGCUGUGCACCCGGCUGUGCGUCCUGCGAGAGGAACGCCACCCACUGUCUAUCCUGUGAGGAGCCUCUCCUCCUGCACAAGCAUCAGUGUGUGGAGGAGUGUCCUGAAGGACACACGGCCCGGGACCGGCAGUGCCAUCACUGUCCCGCAGCGUGUCGGGACUGCACCGCCCUCGGAGAGUGCACAGACUGCGAGGAGUAUCACUUCCUCCACGAGGGCCUGUGUGUGCAGAGCUGUCCCGAGAGGUUUUACGAGGACAACGAGCGAGGGGAGUGUUCGCGCUGCCAUUCUGACUGCGCGCUCUGUGACGGGCCGAGCGGCAGCGAUUGCGAUGCCUGUGCGGACCCUGAGGCCACGCUGCACAAUGGGGCCUGUCUGCCUUCCUGUCCCCCUAAUACAUACAGAGAUGCAGUAACAGCAGAGUGUCAAGAUUGCGAUGAGUCGUGUCUGACCUGCUCCGGGCCCGACGUGAACUCCUGCACCACCUGCAGAGACGAUUGGAAGCUGGACGAUCACAGCCGCUGCACGCCGUCGUCCUCGAAGUGCUCCUCCCACCAGUACUCUGACAGCGACGGGAAAUGCCACCCCUGUCACAAAUACUGCCACAGGUGUUGGGGUCCAGGCAAAGACCACUGCCUGAGCUGCAGCCAGAGACAUUUCCUGCUCAAUGGCUCCUGUGUGGAUGAGUGCCCAGCGGGCUACUUCAAGGAGGAGUCCGGGCAGAAGUGUGAACCCUGCCACGCUUCCUGUCAGACCUGCGUUGGAAAGAAUAGCCUCCAGUGCCUCACCUGCAAAGCCCACCUGUUCCGAGAGGCCAAAGAGUGCGUGGAGACCUGCCAGCCCGGUCACUAUGGAAACUCUGACUCGAGGACUUGUGAAAAGUGCGACCCGAGUUGCGGCGAAUGCACAGACGGUGGGGAAGAGGACUGUCUGAGCUGCUCUUUGGGUCUCGUCUACUUGAGGAACGAAGGCCGGUGCCUCCCCUCCUGUCCUCCGGGGUACCACCGCGACUCGUCACACCGGACCUGCGAGCCCUGUCACAGCAGCUGCAGAACAUGCUCAGGAAAAUUUGAAUCCUGUGAGUCCUGUUUCCCUGGAUACCAGCUGUCAGACGGUCGCUGCAAGUCCAUGUGCGAUCCGGGCCAGCACCCCGUUAGUGAGGGUUCACACUACACUUGUGAGGACUGCGACAGCUCCUGUUUGGAGUGCCGGGCGGCCGGGCCCUUCAACUGCACGGCGUGCCCCGAUCAGGCCAUCUUAGAAGCAGGGGGGCGUUGUCUGCCCUGCUGCCAGCAUGAGGAGGACGGAGGGGGAGAUGCAACUGCACAGCAGGACUGCUGCAACUGCACCGAAACCCGAGGAGAGUGCGUCCUCAGCACCAACCUGCCCUUCAGGAACUCUGAGGAAGAGGAGGCUCGAGGAAACCUCACCAUCUUCAUCAUCGCCUGCAUCCUGCUGGUGCUGGCGCUUGUGGGCGUCGCCCUGCUGGUCAGACACUCCAGGUCAAAGGGCAAACAGUCCGACCUGCCCCCGCGCGGGUACGAGAAGCUGGGCUCUGGGAGGUUCGGGGCCGGUUACAGCUCCGCCUCCACGGCGUCCUACAGCGGGCCGGCCAGCUCCUCCGGAGGCCGCUUCCAGGACCAGCUGGUCGACAUCGGACGCGCAGGGAGCAAAGACGACGACGACGAUGACGACGAAGACGAUGAGGACAUCGUUUACAUGGGGAAGGACGGCACGGUGUACAGGAAGUUCCGGUACGGCCAGCUGGGGGAGGACAAUGACGACGAGCUGGAGUACGACGACGAAAGCUACACGUUCAGAUGAAGCAGAAAAUCCUUUUUUCUUCGAGGUUCUCCUCUUCUCCUCCCUCCUCUGUCCUGUUUAUCUCCUCCUGCCCUGAGGGACAGACUUAUUUAUCCUUCACUGACUGAGCUAAAUGAGACGUGAGGAGUUAUUUAUAAAGAGCCGCAUUUACAACCAUGUCUGUCUACAGAUCUGCUGCAGAGCAGUUAAAGGCUGAAGGGGACGUUUUUUUUCUUUGUUUUGUAAAAUUUAUUGACAAAAAGUAUAGUAGAAAAAAACUUUU